AAGAAGUGGGAUGGGGCCUCUCCAGAAAGCUGAACGAGGCAUCUGGAGCCCGAACAAACCUCCACCUUUUUUGGCCUCGACGGCGGCAACCCAGCCUCCCUCCUAACGCCCUCCGCCUUUGGGACCAACCAGGGGAGCUCAAGUUAGUAGCAGCCAAGGAGAGGCGCUGCCUUGCCAAGACUAAAGAGGGAGGGGAGAAGAGAGGGAAAAAGCAAGAAUCCCCCACCCCUCUCCCGGGCGGAGGGGGCGGGAAGAGCGCGUCCUGGCCAAGCCAAGGAGUGUCUUCCACUCCGUGCGUCUCUCUAGGAGCGGCGCGGGAAGGAUGCUGGUCCGCAGGGGAGCGCGUGCGGGGCCUGGGAUGCCGCGGGGCUGGACCGCGCUUUGCUUGCUGAGUUUGCUGCCCUCUGGGUUCACAAAUGCCAACAACACCAGUACUGUUACCCCAAAGUCAUCUACCCAGGAAACAUUUUCAACUGUUUCUACAAAUGUAUCGUACCAAGAAACUGCAAUAUCUAGUACCCUUGGAAGUAUCAGCCCACACCCUGUGUCUCAACAUGGCAGUGAGGCCACAACAAACAUCACAGAAACUACAGUCAAAUUCACGUCUACCUCUGGGAUCACCUCAGUUUAUGGAACCACAAACUCUUCUGUCCAGUCACAGACCUCCGUAAUCACCACAGUGUUCACCACCCCAGCCAACAUUUCAACUCCAGAGACAACCUUAAAAUCUAGCCUGUCUCCUGGAAAUGUUUCAGACCUUUCAACCACUAGCACUAGCCUUGCAACAUCUCCCACUGAACCGUAUACAUCGUCUUCUCCUAUCCCAAGUGUCAUCAAGACAGAAAUCAAAUGUUCAGGCAUCAAAGAAGUGAAAUUGACUCAAGGCAUCUGCCUGGAGCAAAAUGAGACCUCCAGCUGUGCGGAGUUUAGGAAGGACAGGGGAGAGGACCUGGCCCGAGUGCUGUGUGGGGAGGAGCAGGCUGAUGCUGAUGCUGGGGCCCAGAUAUGCUCCCUGCUCCUUGCCCAGUCUGAGGUGAGGCCUCAGUGCCUACUGCUGGUCUUGGCCAACAGAACAGAAAUUUCCAGCAAACUCCAACUUAUGAAAAAGCACCAGUCUGACCUGAGAAAGCUGGGGAUCCUAGGUUUCACUGAGCAAGAUGUUGCAAGCCACCAGAGCUAUUCCCGAAAGACCCUGAUUGCGCUGGUCACCUCGGGAACCCUGCUGGCUGUCUUGGGCAUCACUGGCUAUUUCCUGAUGAAUCGCCGCAGCUGGAGCCCCACAGGAGAAAGGCUGGGCGAAGACCCUUAUUACACGGAGAACGGUGGAGGCCAGGGCUAUAGCUCAGGACCUGGGACCUCCCCUGAGGCUCAGGGAAAGGCCAGUGUGAACCGAGGGGCUCAGGAAAACGGGACCGGCCAGGCCACCUCCAGAAACGGCCAUUCAGCAAGACAACACGUGGUGGCUGAUACCGAAUUGUGACUCGGCUAGGUGGGGCAAGGCUGGGCAGUGUCCAAGAGAGCACCCCUCUCUGCAUCUGACCACAUGCUGCCUCCAUGCUGGAGGUGACAUCUCUUACGCCCAACCCUUCCCCACUGCACACACCUCAGAGGCUGCUCUUGGGGCCCUACACCUUGAAGAGGGGCAGGUAAACUCCUGUCCUUUACACAUUCGGCUCCCGGGAGCCAGACUCUGGUCUUCUUUGGGUAAACGUGUGAUGGGGGAAAGCCAAGGUCUGGAGAAGCUCCCAGGAAUGAUUGAUGGCCUUGCAGCACUCACACAGGACCCCCUUCCCAUUCCCCCCUCCUUUCUGCCUCAUUACAGGAACCCCUAGGGGAAAGAUGGGCUUUUCUAGGCUACAAUUUUCUCCCAGGAAGCUUUGAUUUUUACUGUUUCUUCCCUAUAUUUUCUUUCUUUACUUUGAGGAAACCAAAGUAACCCUUUGCACCUGCUCUC